AUGCAAGAGCAUGCGCGCGUAUGCACUUGCAUUCUAACGGAUUUUAGCAGCAUACGCCGCCGAUGCGCUGCGCUGCGCCCUGACGCACCUCCGAUUUUUAUACAGUGUAGGUUUUUUGGGUCUUGUUUGAUGGGACGUAUGGAAGUUUUUAUGAAUGUGAAUCACGAGCACGGUAGAAAUGGAAGAUUUGUUGAGUGGUGGAAGUUAAGUCGUUCUGAUUUGGCCCUUCUAGGACCGUUCGCGUUAAAGGAUUCUUUCGUCCUGAUUCAAAUAAGCGAGCGCGUGAUACACGAGCGCGGCUGCCUGGCGGCCGGUGAGGACUGGCUGCAGCGGCACUGUGCACCCGUAUCAGCUGCUCUUCUAGGACCGCUUGCGUUAAAGAGUUUCGAUAUAGCUAAGAUAAUAUAUGACAAAGGCUGCUUAGAAGCCGCCGAAGAGUGGUUUGACCACAACCUGUUGAUAGUAGCUACGUCCGCUGUUUGUACCGCUUUUGCACAAAUCCUGGGCAUAUGCUUCGCUCAAAACUUGCGCGCGGACAUCUUUGCCCAGAAGGCGAAGUGGCACUGACAAUCAGCCUCUCCUGCAGCCGUGUGACGUCACAGGCGUCCCGCCCGCGACCCCUAUCGAGCUCUCUACGCCGCACCAACGUAACGCAACCGCCCGGUAUUUGAAAUUAGAACGUUUCUAAAUGAUUGAAUGAACGGUCGAUGACUUUUUCUUUUACAGGCACAAGGAUCAAUUGGAGUUCCUUCACUUGUGAGUGAAGGAAGGAAGAGACGGGAUACGACGUGAUGAUAUUUUUUAUAAUAUUUUGAACACAAUAAGGUUAUAUUGUGUACUGAGAAACGAAAUAGUGUCUGAUGUCGAGUUACAAUGUCAAUGUUUGUAUGCAUAGCACAUGAAAGGGAAAACCUUAUUUCUUCAGGAUUUGUCACUUCGUGUCUCGGCUCGUUAUGUGUGUACUGAC